AACCAACUGAGCCACCCAGGCGCCCCUCAAAUGGCCUUAUUUUAACAAGGUUUUUGCUUUUGACUCUGGAAGAAAAACCAGGACCUUGCAUCUUUAUCUCAGUGUUUGGAAUUGUUAUCCUAUGAGCACCUGGGCUGCAGGGGAAGUUGGCAAACCCAGUAUGUUAGCCUUCAUCUUCCGUGAGAAGGCAGAAGGGGGUCGUGACAGGCUUUGAGGAGGCUGACCCACUGGGUGUGCCACCUCCCGUGCACAAGAGGACAGACAGUUCACCGUGCCUGGAGGGCAUACGACUAUGGAGUGCCAAAGCCAGAAGGCCAGACACAAAUUUGUGAUUCAAAAGCCUGUUCUUCCCACUGAGGCUAAAGACACAGCAGAGCCUGGCCAUGUUUUCUGCAGGGUAACCCAGCUGCCAACAGGAGCCAGGCUUGGGGCUUGGCUCAGCAUGCGAUGAGCGUAGAGUGAUGGGCCAUCUCCCUGCCCCCCAUUCAUUCUUACUAAGUGCGGACAGUGUGCCAGGUAGUGUGCCCCUUGCUCGAGGACGCCUCAUGAAGUAACAGGUUGGGGCCCUGCCCCUGGGAGCUCCUACUAGGCGGGGAGGACUCAGAGGGUGUCAGGGGGUCAAGGGCACAGCGGGAGGAAAAAGGGGCAGAACAGGCAGUGUGAAAAGCUAAUGGGGUUCCUGUCACACAUGUAUGGAAACUGAAGCCCGAGAGGGACAGAAACUGCCCAAGGCUGCAAAGCACGAGAGCUAAGCUGGAGCGGUCCCAGGCACUGUUGACUCCCAGCUUGGGCUUUUCCCGACAUUUCAUGCUUCUUAUGUCUGGAUACAGAGGCAGAGCCGCCAGAUGUGGCCGGAGAGCUCUCUAGUGAUGUUCCCAUUAGUAAGGAUUACCUUGCCCACAAGCGGUAGAAAACUCAAAAUAGUGGCAGCUUAUUUUCCACCUAAGAAAGUGCAGGGGUGGGCAAUCUGGGACUAAUGGGCAGAUCUAGGCUUCUGUAUCUUGUUUCUCGGCCAUUCUCAGCACAGGCUUACUUAACACUCUUAGUCUGAGAUGAGCCUCGGCCAAAAUUGCCACGUUUCAGCCAGCAGGAAGCGGGAAGGGGAAGAAGGGAUCGAAGGCCCAUGGCAGCCAUCUCGAGAUGCCACCACCCAACCCUUGGGCUUCCUUCCCAUUGACCAUAUCUCAGUCACAUGACCAUGCUGAGCUGCAAGAGAGGCUGGGAAAGACAGUCUAUUUGGGACAACCAUGUGCCCAGCAAAAAAAAUGGGGAUUCCAUCAGUAGACAGGAAGGGGGAAAUGGAUAUUAUCACAGUCUUUGUCGUUGUAAUGACAGUUUGUGUUGUGGAGCACUUACAGUGUGUGGGGCAUCCAGCUUCACAGUCCUACUAUAGGAAGUCAGUGCAGUGAUUCCCACUUUCUGGAUGAGGGAAUUUUGCCCCAGAUCACAGUCCUUUCCCUGCCAGCCUGGGCCACACCCCACUGGGCUAUUCUAAGAGAAUGGGCUGGAUCCCAGGACCUUUCUUGAGCUGGGCAUCACAAAUCAAGGCCCCACUGUUGGAUGACUGCUCUCUCUGCAUUACACUGCACUCUUGUCCUGCUGCAUCCCUGUGCUGAGUGGACAGAGUUAUCAUCCAGGCCACAGAUGAGGAGCCAAGCCUAACAGGGCCUGGCUGGCUCCCAGGUCCUGGAGUAAGCCUUGGGUGGCAAACCCUCUCCUGCCCCAGUCCAGGCUAAUGUUUCACAGAGGCCCAGGAGCCCUUAGCUUCCCCUCUUGCAGGGACUCAGGGCCUGACAAACUCUAGGAAGCCCCCACCUCACCCUAAGGGAAAGGGCGGGGAGAGGCGUACCUCCCCAGCCUGCCAGGGGCUCCGUUCCUGUCUGCGCCCAGAGCUCAGAACUGUUCUUGCCCUGGGAGAUCAGCAUGGAGCAUGGGGAGAGAAAUGCAGGGCAAUCAGUUUCCGUGGAGUUGGAGGGAAACUGCACGGAGUGAGGGACACAUUAGAGGGGACCUACCCAGGUUUGGGGGCCAUCUGAAGCCCUAUGCUCUUCAGGUUCACCUCUCACCACUUGCCCCUCUCCAGUGCUCCAGCUGUGUGACCCAUUUCAUUUUGCCAAUGUGCUGUUUCCCUUACCACAGGGCCCUUGCACAGUCUGUCCUCUCUGCCAGGAAUACUAUUUGAGCACCCUCUUUACCUUGUUCCUUCUCAUCUGGGACUCCUAUCAUUUCCUCAGGAACACCUUCCCUCAUACCACCCUUUCCACCAGACCAAGUCUCCCACAGUUUGCUCACUACUCCCCAGUCCUCUUGUCCCGUCUUCUCCCCAGGUGUGAACUCCAUGGGCUGGGACCAGGGGCUGGUCUGCUUAAUAUUGUGCUCCACAUACAGAGGGUGAUCAGUAAAUGUUUGAAGGAAUGGACAGAAGUGGCCUCUAAGCUGAACUUUACAAAUGAGUAGGAAUUAGCUGAAGAAGGAUCAGGAGAGAGCACUCCAAGCAGAAGGAAUAGCUUGUGUCACAAGGUAACACCUGGGAAGGGUGUGAGGUGAGGCGGAAGAGGUGAGUGGGGGCCGUGUUAGGAGUUUGGAGCCGGGGCUGAUGAGGUCAGCUAUGUUGCAGCAAGCUUCCUCUGGGCAGGGGGAGACAGCUGAAGAGGGGAACAGGCUGCUGGGGCCUGGGUCAGGGCAGUGGAGAGGGGAGAGGCAGACAGACCGAGGAAACUAGGGCAUUAAAAUAAAUACUGAUAACUGGCUUCCAGGUUCUUCUGAAGACCAGCAGAAAGCUGCCUCCCUGCUCACACACACACACACACACACACACACACUGGACCCCUCCCUAGGCUACCCUCGCUCUUGCCCAAGCCCCCUGUGCCACCAGCUCACAGCCAAUUCCUUCCCCUGGAGCCUUUGUCUACUUCUUGAAAAGAGGCAGCACCAGGCAGUGGGAAGAGCCAGCUUUGGAGCUGCUAGACUUGGGCAUGAAACCCAUUUCUGCCAUCUAUUGUCUAUGUGACCUGGUGCGGGUCACUUUCCCUGGGCCUCACUAAAAUGGUGGCAGUCACUGCCUGGCCAGGGUGGUUGUGAGGUAGAUGUGAGAUGCGACAGAGAGGCAGAGAGCACUGAUGGGCCAUCUGAGAGCAGAGGCUGCCCACAUGUCCUGCUUGGUCUACACUUGCAUUUUAAAUUAACGGGCAGUAUUUGAAAAUCAGAUUUCACUUUAACACCUAGAUUUCAACCUGAGCCUUCCGGGCAUUCCCGCACGAACUGCUCAGCGCCGUCCCUACGGGUGCUCCCCAACAACACCUUGUCCUAUGGAGUACUCUACCGGGCCCCAGCAGGCAUGGGGCCUGGGACCCCCAGCUUCCAAUGUGGGGCCAUCCUUUCAGCCUGCAAGGCUGGGAUUAGGUUCCAGGUUCACAAGGGAAGGAACCAGGUGUCAAGAGAAAGUAAUGCCAUUGGCCAAGUUACCCAGCUAAGAAGUAAGGUCUGGUUGGACCCACAGAUCUGACCCGCCUCGAGGCCCCACACUGCCCUCUGCCUGCUCUAGAUCUGAAUGCUGCUGGCCCUGGUUGACCCAAUGGUCCCCGGGAUUGUCAGCCCAGGCCCAGGGAGAGAACAGGCUCCCUGAGCCUCGGCUUCCUCCCCAGUCCAUUGGAGCAGGUUAACUCAUGAGCGCUUGUUGAUGAGCACCCACAGGGACGGGGGCUGUUGCAGUACCGCGGUUACUAGGACAGUCCUGUCCCAUUCCCUCCCGGACCUUACAUUUGAGCAGGAAGAAGGGAGGAGAGGAAAUGCUAAGCAAUAGAUACAAUAAGUUAGUCACCUGGUACUGCGUUAGUACAAGCUGGUGAGGGAUGAGAACAGAGUUAAAGGUAUUGGGAACGUGGCAUUGGAAGAGCAGAUUGGAAGUCUUAACUGGUGUUGUCAGAACAGGCCUCUGGAGAAGGGGACACUGGAGCAGAAACGGGAAGGCAGUGAGGGGUGAGACUUGGGACAUAGCUGGCAGAGAGGACAGCCGGUGUGAACCCCAAGACUGGCAUGCCUGGGGCGUCAGCCAUGGGCAAGAGACCACGUGGCGAGAGCAGAGGGUGCAGAGGCCAGAGGGAAAUGCAGCGCAGGCAGGGAUUCAAGCAGAGGGGAAUGUGGACUCGCUCAGCUUGACGUCAGUCUGUAGGGCAGAAGGAGGAGCUCAGAGGUGAAUUUUGGGCCGUCCCCCAGGCCAGGGAUGCCGGAGGCUCACAUCCCGCAUCAGGGAGGCAGUGAGAAGUGGUCAGGAUCUGGAUGCACCUUGAAGACGGACCCAACAGGGGUUCCUGGCAGACUUGAUGUGGUGCAUGAGAGAAAGAGGGGCAUCUCAGCUGAGCAGAUUGGAAGGACGGAGUUGCCGUCAACUGAGCUAGGGACAGCUGUGGGAGAGGUGUGUUUGGGGUACAGAGGUGAGGCGCCGAGCUCUGGACGGGGCAAAUCUGAAAGGCAUAGUGGCCAUCCACAGGGAGACCUCAGGGCCGGAAGUAGAAUGGGAAUGGUGGGUGUGCAGAUGGAACAUUUACCCUGGGAAGGAAGAGGGCCCACGGCCAGCCUUCCUAUGUCCCCAGCUCUGGAGAGGAGGGGCCAAGCUGCCUGGUGACUGUAGUGUCCUCCUAGGAGAUCAUGCAUGCCCUAAAGAUGACCUGGCAUGUGCACUGCUUCACCUGCGCGGCCUGCAAGACGCCCAUUCGGAACAGGGCCUUCUACAUGGAGGAAGGCGCACCCUACUGCGAGCGAGACUAUGAGAAGAUGUUUGGCACGAAAUGCCGGGGCUGUGACUUCAAGAUCGACGCGGGGGACCGCUUCCUGGAGGCACUGGGCUUCAGCUGGCAUGACACUUGCUUUGUGUGUGCGAUAUGCCAGAUCAACCUGGAAGGAAAGACUUUCUACUCCAAAAAGGACAAGCCCCUCUGCAAGAGCCACGCCUUCUCCCACGUGUGAGCGCCUCCCACCCACGGCCACCUCAUCCAGCCCAGCCCGAGGGAGCUCCAGUUCCAGGGCAUCGCCCCAGAUUUCUGGAUAGGGCUGGCGGAGGUCACCCCAACCCCAACUCCUGGCCUGAGCCUGGGGUUCCCUGGGCCCUGCCCUCUCCCCUUCAUUUCCCCGCACUCCCUCCACCUCCAUCACACACUGGUGCUGGCCACACCAGCCCCUGUUCACAUCCAGUGCCACAAUAAACCUGUAUCCAGCCGUGUC